AUGUGUCAGAUUCUGGAUGGCGUCCGCUUUCUGCACGACAACGGUGUGAUGCAUCGGGAUUUGAAGCCCGCCAACAUUCUCAUCAACGAAAGGAAUCGCCUCAACAUAUGUGAUUUCGGGCUUUCGCGGUGGGAGAACGGGUCGGGGUCGUACACGCCGGGUAUGGUGACGCAGUGGUACAGAGCACCCGAGAUUCUAAUGGGAGAGACCAACUACACGAGCGCGGUAGACAUGUGGUCGGUGGGAUGCAUAAUGGCGGAACUGGUGCUGAGGAAGGUGCUUUUCCCCGGAAAAUCGGAGAUUGAGCAGUUGACCCUCAUACACUCCUCCCUCGGCCACGCGAUGCUAUGUACUUCUACCGGACUUGAUCUGCUGCUCAGCCUUCUUGCCUUGGAUCCCAACCAAAGGAUCACUGCCGACGAUGCCCUCAAACACCCUUGGUUUCUAGAGCUAUGA